UGGGGAUUUAUUUUUAGCGGAGUCGCAUUGACCUAUAUGUUGUUCGUCAGCCGGUGCUUGAAGAGAUUUCAGUGGGAGUUGCGACAAACUUUAUCAACCAUGGCUUUGACAGAAGUAUCAAGCAACAAAAUGUUUGGAGGUUACCAGAAGGUUUUCAGUCAUGAAAGUACUGAGGUUAAAUGUACAAUGAAGUUUGGUGUUUUCCUUCCUCCCCAAGCAGAGAGUGGCAAAUGUCCUGUUCUGUAUUGGUUGUCAGGUUUAACCUGCACUGAACAGAAUUUUGUAACGAAGGCUGGAGCCCAGAGAGUAGCAGCAGAGCUGGGGUUUAUUAUUGUAGCACCUGACACCAGUCCAAGGGGUUGUAACAUUGAAGGGGAGGAAGAUGGCUGGGAUUUCGGGACAGGGGCAGGAUUUUAUGUCGAUGCCACUCAGGACAAAUGGAAAAACAACUACAGAAUGUAUUCCUACGUCACAAAGGAGCUUCCAGAUUUGGUAAAUUCCAAAUUUCCAGUACUAGCAGAUAAACAGGGUAUAUUUGGACACAGUAUGGGAGGACACGGAUCCCUUAUCUGUGCACUGAAGAACCCUGGGAAAUAUCUGAGUGUCAGUGCGUUUGCACCCAUUUGUAACCCUGUCAACUGCCCCUGGGGGAAGAAAGCUUUCUCUGGUUACCUAGGAGAAAAUCAAGAAGACUGGAAGGAGUAUGAUUCCUGUUGCUUGGUGAAGAAGUACAAUGGUCCACCACUGAAGAUUCUUGUUGAUCAGGGUAAAGCUGACAACUUUCUGCCUGCGGGUCAGCUUCUCCCAGACAACUUUGUCACAGCGUGUGCCGAGGCCAAGAUGGAGCUGGUCAUGAGAAUGCAAGAGGGUUACGAUCACAGUUACUACUUCAUGGCGACAUUUAUGGAGGACCAUCUGAGACACCACGCCAAGUUCUUGAAGUGAAAUGGAAUCCGUCCUACGUAGGCUGACAUUAAUUUUGUGAUUAAAACUGAUCCUGUUGAUUUAUACUGAGACAUGAAUUGUAACAGAAACAAAAACUCUCCAAGAAGGACCUUUGUAUUAUGAUGUUUUUACUUUUCCUCUAUAGUUUACAUGUUAUACAUGUAAAUCUUACAAGAUACUUGACAGAAUUAUUUUAGAAAUUAAGAGAAAGCUCCUAGAAGCUGUUCUUUAUUUACAGUAAGUGUAGGAAGUACUCUAUGUUUCCGGUACUUAAGAUAAAAUAUAAAACUCAUACUUACUCACUGCCAGGAAGCAGAUUACCACAUAUCGAUCCAUGGCAGUUUCCUUAUUUCUGUUGAGCAGAAUCCAGACUUGAUUGAACUAUAUUGAUAUAAAUGUUUCAAUGAUUUUCAAUGAUAAAGUUUCCAAGUGAUACAACCAAUAAACGUUAUCUGAUAUUA